CAGUUUUGUAUAUGAAUGUAGAACACUUCACAACCAUGACAUCUACACAACCAAGCAUCAUUCUUUUAUUCAGUGGGAAGCGAAAGUCAGGGAAGGACUAUGUGACAGAUGUAAUACAGAAAAGACUGACAGCAGAGAUGUGCUGCAUACUCAGACUGUCUGCACCUCUCAAACAGCAGUAUGCUAAGGAUCAUAGUCUUGACUACGAGCAGCUGUUGGGUUCUGGUCAGUAUAAGGAGAGCUAUCGUGCUGAUAUGAUCCGCUGGGGUGAGAUGAAGAGACAGCAGGACUCCGGCUUCUUCUGUAGGCUGGCCAUCAAACAUGCCACACAGCCCAUCUGGAUAAUCAGCGAUUGCAGAAGGAUGUCAGACGUGCAAUGGUUCCAUGAAGAGUUUCCUGAUAGAUGUAUCUGUGUCCGGGUGGAGGCUUCUGAGCAGACGAGAUCACAGAGGGGCUGGAGAUUCGCCACAGGUAUAGACGACGCCGAGUCCGAGUGUGGUUUGGAUGAGGCUGUGAAGUUUGACUAUAUCAUUAGGAAUGAUGGAGCUGAUGACGUUCUGGAGAAACAGCUGGAGGAUCUACUGUCUUUGAUCAAGUCACGGGAGGAGGAAUCAAACACACUACAUAACAUUAAACCGGAAAAAUAAAAGCUGCUUUUUGCCAUCAGUUCGUGUAUCCUGCUCACAGGAGAACAUGCAAACUCUUCUGUAUUUUAAUGAAUGGUUCUCGUCAUAAUUUACUCACCCUCUUGGCAUUCCAAAAAGUGUCUUAUUUUCUUUUUGUAACAAAAAGGAUCAUUCUUUGCCUUGAUUUUAUAUACAUAUAUAUAAUUUUGUAUAUACUUUUAUUUUGAUGGAUGAUUAUUAAAAAGUACUAUUAUGUUGUUCGGUACGUUCUGUGUACAAUAUUAAUGUAUUUAAUUAUACAAAUGACAAAUUCCAUUAUCAUCCUUGAAUCGCUGAGGGGUGAAAGAACUGUGACUGUUCUUGUCAAAAACACAUAAAAGUAGUCCAUAUGG